AUGGCUGCAGGAGUGAAAGAUGUUAAAAUGACUAUGCGAUAUCCAUCUCAACCCGACUUUGCUGUACUAGAAACUUCUGUAUUCAACUUAAGUUUUGCAGAGAGAAAAUUUAUUCACAUCAGUUGCACAUGGAUAAACGACCGAUACUCUCCUGUAAUGAUAAUAUUAUCUCCAAGUAGUGAAGAAGAAAAAAUGGGGCAUAUAUCAUUGACCGAAGAAAAUCUAUAUGCGUUGAAAGAAAUGAAGUCAUGUCUCCUGGAAGUAACCAAAGAGAAAUAUGAAACAUGUAACUUAUUGUACAUGCAAAGUAAAGAAGUUUACGAAAAAGUAAAGGAUUUGGUUAUAAACAAGUUUUUAGUAUUACCCGAAAAUUUAAUGUAUUCCAUCGUGAAAAGUAUGGAUAUAUCGUUAUUGCCAAAGACAUCAACAGCACUGUACAAAGAAAUAGUUACCUUCCAUUAUAAAUGUAUCAUUAAACGUAUAUGGGAACAAUUCAUUGAGGAUUUCAAACAUCAAACCAAUCAGGAUGUUAAGCAAAUGACAAAUGAAAAUAUAAGUAAAAACGAUGACCAACAAGAUCAUUUGGAAAAUCACAACGAAAAUGUACAAGAUGAUAAUGUUCACCGUAUAAAUAAUGAUUUAUCUAAUUCAUUUUGA